AUGGUGGUGCUUAGAGAAUCUGGAGAUAAAGAUGCUGAUGAGGUUGUCACAUUUAAGUUUUUCCAUGGAGAGUUCUUUGGAAUGGCUAAAGAUUUGGGAUAUGAUGAUGGGUAUGAUGUGAGUUUUUAUGGUGAAGAGUUUGGAACUGUGAGCCUGAAUUCAAGCCCAGUGGGGAAUGAUAGCAGUGAUCAAGAAUAUUCUUGUUCUGAGGAUGAUGAUAGCAGUGAUCCAGACUUUGAAAACAGUGACUAUGCACAGAAUGAUGAAGAGAUGGACUUAUUGAAGAAUGAUGAUAAGUGGUUUGAAGGUUAUGUGGAUCAUAGUUGCAUUGACAAUGAUCUUAAUGCAGAGGAAAAUGAUGAGUCAGACAAUGGAGAAGAGUCACCUAUAAUGACCAUAACAAAAUAA